GCCCCUGCGUUCUGACCGAUCGUGUUUCCUUCACAGUUCCCACCUCCACGGUUCAGCCCCUGCCGCAUCCCGCCUCCCGCCUCCCAUGGCUGCCGUCGUCUCCGACCUCGUCGACUUUCUCAACGCCUCGCCCACCGCUUUCCACGCCGUCGAUGAGGCGAAGCGACUGCUGAAGGCGGCGGGGUUCGAGCAGCUUUCGGAGCGGGAGGAGUGGACGGGGCUUCAGCCCGGCCGGAAGUACUUCUUCACACGCAACCACUCCGCCAUCGUCGCCUUCGCUAUCGGUGCCAAGUACGUUGCCGGUAAUGGGUUCCACAUCAUUGGUGCACACACGGACAGUCCAUGCCUGAAGCUCAAGCCUGUCACCAAGAUAACCAAGGGAGGUUGUCUCGAGGUUGGGGUCCAAACAUAUGGAGGUGGAUUGUGGUACACAUGGUUUGACCGUGAUCUUACUAUUGCUGGUAGGGUGCUUGUACGACAGAAGAAGGAAGGUGUGGUUUCUUAUGGGCAUAAGCUUGUAAGGGUGCAAGAGCCUAUCAUGAGAAUCCCCACUUUGGCUAUUCACCUAGACAGGACUAUCUCCUCGGAAGGUCUCAAGAUUAACAAUCAGAAUCAUCUUGUCCCAGUGCUGGGCACAUUGGUUAAGUAUGAAAUGCAGAAAUUAGUGGAAGGAAAUGUUCCACGGGAGUCAUCCGGUGGCGAAAACUCAAAGCACCAUCCACUAUUGUUGCAGUUGAUUGCUAGAGAGGCUAAUUGUGAAGUUGAUGAGAUUUGUGAUUUCGAGCUGCAGCUGUGUGAUACCCAGCCAAGUGUUAUAGCAGGUGCCAUGAAAGAAUUCAUCUUUUCGGGAAGGCUUGACAACCUUGGCAUGUCAUUUUGUUCACUGAAGGCCCUAGUGGAGUCAACCUCUACUGACCACUCUCUUGAUCAUGAAUCUGGUGUCAGAAUGGUGGCUCUGUUUGAUCAUGAGGAGGUUGGUUCUGAUUCGGCUCAGGGAGCUGGUUCGCCUGCAAUGCUGGAUGCUUUAACAAGAAUCACAGGUUGCUUUAACCAUUCAAAUUCCAAGUUGCUAGAAAAGGCUAUUCAAAGGAGUUUCCUUGUAUCUGCAGAUAUGGCUCAUGCCUUGCACCCCAAUUAUAUGGAAAAGCAUGAGGAGAACCACCAGCCAAAGUUGCAUGGUGGACUUGUGAUUAAGCACAAUGCUAAUCAACGAUAUGCUACAAAUGCCGUGACAGCUUUUAUUUUCCGAGAAAUUGCUGAGAGGCACCAGCUACCUAUUCAGGAUUUUGUUGUUCGCAACGACAUGGCUUGUGGGUCAACAAUCGGGCCAAUACUUGCUAGUGGUGUUGGUAUUCGUACUGUGGAUGUUGGAGCGCCACAAUUGUCGAUGCACAGCAUCAGGGAGAUGUGCGCCGUUGACGACAUCAGUCACUCAUAUGAACAUUUUAAGGCAUAUUUUGAAGAAUUCACUGAAUUGGAUAACAAAGUCAAAGUAGACUGCUGAGGUGUAGUAGGUAACCAUAUUGGCUCAGUAGCUCUCCUGCUGUUGAAAGAACCUGUACUUUCACAAACACAGCUACAGUAUAAUGCAUAACAAUUAGUAAUGUCGGAUUAUAUAAUGUUUGAGAACACAUGAAUAAAUCAUGGAGAAUGUGUUUUUUUUUCUUGUUUAAA